UGAUCCAAGCCCAUGUUAAGCAUUCCGGAGCAAUCGAGACGCAAAGUAAGGCAGUCCGGUUAGCGGUAACUGAUGAUAAGAGAGAGAGAGAGAGAUUGUUAAGAAAUUCGAACAUUCCCGGAGAUCCGCCGCUCUAUCCUUUUAUCACUACCAAGUUCCGCUCACAGCCCAGUGUUCAGAUUGGACUAUGCACCUCUGAACAGCACUCAUGGCUUCCACUUCUGCCAUUUCCCUAUGCUUUUUUCCCAAGAUUUCACUGCGUUCCCAUUUCCACAACCAUAGACCACAACUCCAACCCUAUCAUCGUGCCCAUGGGGGUCUCUUGCCCACUGCUCUGUCGCUCAGGAGGAGAGGCUUUAGGUUUUCACUUUUAAUGGUGAGAGUUACUGCUUCUUCUAGGGCUGAAGGAGGCUCGAGGAGGCCCGCAUCUGGCCGGAGAGUCUAUCGGCACUCUCAAACCCAGAGCUCGUCGUUAUCCGCUGCUCCGGUGAAACAAGUUGCUUCUUUUGUGGUCCCGGCUGGCUUGUUUUUGGCCGUCACUUUUGUUUUGUGGAAGGUGGUGGAGAAACUUCUUGUCCCAAAACCCAAGAAGCCUUCUAAUGUGGAAGAAAAAACGCCCAAACAAGGCUUGGAGUGGUCCUUUGCUGCUGGCACAAAUCUGUUAUCAGGGCUUGGAGCAAAGAUUGACCGAGAGUCCAAGCAAAAGCUCAAUGACUUUGCCAAAGAACUCAGGGCAUUUAGCGUUGUUGACAUGUCAGGAUGUAAUUUUGGUGAUGAAGGAUUAGUUUUUCUUGCUGAAAGGUUCGCAUAUAAUCAGACACUUGAGGGUGUAAGUUUUGCUGGAAAUGGAAUAACUGUAGCUGGAUUGAAAGCUUUUGAUGGUAUUCUGCAAUCAAACAUCAUAUUAAAGACUCUGGAUCUUUCUGGAAACCCUAUUGGAGAUGAUGGAGCUAAGUGCCUAAGUGAAAUACUGGUUAAUAAUACUGGGAUUACUAAACUUCAGCUGAAUAGUGCCAACUUGGGGGAUGAGGGUGCAAAAGCUAUUGCCGAAAUGUUGAAGAAAAAUUCAACCUUACGUUUUCUUGAACUAAAUAACAAUAUGAUUGAAUUUUCUGGAUUUGCAAGUUUGGCUGGUGCUCUUCUCGAGAAUAAGACGAUACGGGAUUUACAACUUAAUGGCAACUAUGGCGGUGCCUUGGGGGCUAAUUCUUUGUCUAAAGGACUUGAAGGGAACAAGUCUUUGAAGGAACUUCAUUUGCAUGGAAAUUCGAUUGGAGAUGAAGGCAUACGAGCAUUGAUCGAUGGUUUAUGCUCACAUAAAGGUAAACUUACCCGUCUAGAAAUUGGCAAUAACUCAAUUAGUGCAAAAGGUGCCUUUCAUGUUGCUGAAUUUAUCAAGAAGAGCAAGAGCUUGACAACGUUGAACAUUAGCAUGAAUGACGUAGGUGAUGAGGGAGCUGAACGAAUUGGAGAUGCAUUGAGGGAAAACCGGACAGUAAAAAGUUUAGACUUGGCAGGAAACAACAUCCAUGUCAAAGGAGUUGGUGUAAUAGCAAAAGCUUUGAAAGACAAUUCUAUCAUUAUGACCUUGGAACUUGGUUAUAAUCCCGUUGGUCCAGAAGGUGCAGAAUCUUUAUGUGAAGUUCUUAAAUUUCAUGGUAACAUCAAUAUGCUCAAGCUUGGCUGGUGCCAGUUAGGAGCAAAAGGAGCAGAGUUCAUGGCUGAUAUGUUGAGAUACAAUAGUACUUUAUCCAAUCUGGAUCUGAGGGGAAAUGGACUAAGAGAUGAAGGUGCAAAGUGCAUUGCUCGUAGCUUAAGAGUGGUCAAUGAAGCUUUAACUUCGCUAGAUCUUGGAUUCAAUGAGAUAAGGGAUGAUGGGGCCUUUGCCAUUGCUCAAGCAUUAAAGGCCAAUGAAGAUGUGCGAAUCACUCAUCUUAAUCUUUCUCGUAACCUGAUGACGAAAUUUGGACACAGUGCUCUUUCGGAUGCUAGAGAUCACGUAUAUGAGAUGACUGAAAAGGAAGUAGAGGUUGUUUUCUAAAAGGUUUGACAUAGUGGGAAAAAACAAGUUGUGGAUAAUGUGGUAGAACAUGGUUUAGGCUUAUUCUUUGCCAGAAGGCCAUGGAAAUGGUGAGGACAACAAAAUACUUUUUUGGUCCAAAUUUUGGAGUUCUUACCAAUCUCCUCUUAGUGAGAAGAAUCAUUGAAAUUUUGACGGUGAGUUCAUAGUUAGUCACAUCAGUAAAUUAGGCAGGUUCGAACGACAUGAAAAUAAACUCGUCGUCUGUCCUGUGCGUCAAUUUUAGGGGGUAUUUAAAGGACUUACUGCUUGUCCUUUAUGCUAUGUGAUAAAUCAUAAAACGAUAUUCCGUUUUUGAGGUUUUGUUUUGUUUUAAUUUUUCAA